AUGGAGAUGGAGAGCAACCUUAUGAUGAAGAAUCAGAAGCUGGAAGCCUUUGAUAUUCUCAGAAAAGCUCUUGUAAUCUCUGCCAGAAACACCAACUUCUUCAUCUUCACAAUUCUCACCUCCCUUCCUCUCUUCUGUUUCUUGGUUUACUAUGAAUCUGUUCUCCAAAAAUUCCUAGUUCAAAUCUCAGAAAUUCUAAAACAACCCCUUGAUGACCUCGACUAUGUUUGGAUCAUACCAUUUGAUACAACCAGAAAAAUGAACAAAGAGUAUACUGAUGGGUUCAUUCAUCUGGGUCUUCUCUAUCUGGUGCCUCUCCAUCUCCUAGAGCUCAGCACCGUGCUCGUGGUUGUUGAUUUGGCAUCAAAGAUGUACACAGAAGAGAGACCAUUGAUGACUCUCAAGGAGAUGCUACAUAUACCCUUAGACAAAACAAGACUGAAGGGCACUUUUAUAACAUAUCUCUAUUUUCUUGUCUUCUCAACUUGUGCUUUACUUGGAUUGAUAUGGUUAGCAACAACAUACUUUGUUUUAUUCAAAGGCGCAAUGUAUGAUUUGUUCUUUGCUGUAUGGUGUGGGCCAUCAUUUGCAGCAUUGCUAACAAUUUAUUUGGCAUGGAGUGCUGUGUGGAAUGGGAGUCUUGUGAUUUCAGUGUUGGAGGGGACAUAUGGCAUCAAGGCAUUUGCUCUAGCAAUAUAUUUUAGCAGUGGGAGUGAGUGGAGAGGGAUUCUUUUGAUGCUUAUGUUCUUUGCUUGGGAAGUAAGUUUAAGGUUGCCUUGCAUCUAUAUCGGCUGCUAUGGAAGAGGGAUUAACUAUAUUGGUGUUGUUGCUCAGAUUAGCUUGUUCUGCUUUGGGAAUGUGGUGAAAUGGGUCACCUGCACGAUAUAUUUCCGCGAUUGCAAGAACCGGGCUUUAGAGAAGAGGUUGAUGAUGAAGGGUACAACAGGUGAAAGCUGUGGAUGAAAAACAGCUUGUGCAUAUAUGUGAUCAUGAUUAUCAGAAACUCCAGAUUACAAUUAUGAACUGCAGCAAGUUCAGCAUCAAUUUCCACAUUAUGCAGACUAACUACGUCUUCUAGCUCAACUUGUAAUGUUUUUUUUCCUGAAUUUUUCCUGAAAAGUUUAUCAUGUAAAAGUUUAAUUGACCAAGUUUCAUAUGAAUUUGGAAUGAUCUUAAGCAGAUAUUUAUCUAUAUCUGCUGUUGUCUUGCAUACCUCUAUGUGGUGAAUGCCAUUGGGAGACUGAAUA